AUGGGACGCUUUGAGACUCCUGACGGAAUUGGAGGGCCUUCACUUCCGUUUUCGUCAUCAGAGCAACAGACACCGAUGACCCCAUGUGCUCAUAUGGAUAUGAUGCAACUCAUUGCAACUUUGCAACAAGAAGUUCUUGGGUUGAGGGCACAAGCCCACGCAUCGAGGCAAACCGACUCAAAUGUGACUACGCACACCGCCUCACCGGCGGCAUCUUUCGCAGCAUAUCGGCCAGUUGGUGCACCCAAGUUGAAGGACUUCAAGGUCAUUGAGAUCACCGGGGAAGAGCAACACUCAGGACUUGGAGCAGAUUGGGACUCGUUCAAGUAUCAAUUUGAUGUGCAGAUACAAACGCUUGAGACCUUCGAUCUCGUAGUCUGGAAUGAAGAGCAUCGACUGAGCACUAUGGCGAUGUGCUUGCGCGGUGCAGCCUUUAGGCAUUGCGAGUACCUCGCGGAUCGAGGACUUACUGCCAACUAUGACAGUGUCUGCCGGUCGAUGAAGAAUCGCUUUUGCUGUAAGCUAAUCCAGUCUCAACUGGAAAAGCUACUUGAAGAACUCAAGAGAAACAAGGCAACAUGGACACCUUAUAUCGAGUACAUGAGAGCUGUGGCUAGACGCAUGGAUGGUAGCCCGAGCAAGAUUAUCCUUGAAUACUUCUGCUCAUACUUUUGCCCAUCAGAGUAG